CGGUGAGAAGGGCCGCGGCGCGCGGUAGCUCGGCUGGCUGCCUGGGCCAGGCUCAGCCUCCGGAAGCCCCCGCCCCAGUCUGCCGUUGGGUUUGUCCUCUUAGCAGCCGUCGGCCCGGACGGGGAGCGGGAGCCCCGCAGACCGGCCCCGGGCCGCGGACUCGGGCGUCCCUGCCUCGUGCGACCCGGCUGGGUGGCAGGUAACCAGACAGAGGCCACCAUGGAGCAGUGUGCAUGUGUGGAGCGGGAGUUGGACAAGGUCCUGCAGAAGUUCCUGACCUAUGGACAGCACUGUGAACAGAGCCUGGAGGAGCUGCUGCACCAUGUGGGCCAGCUGCGGGCCGAGCUGGCCAGUGCAGCUCUUCAAGGCACCCCCCUCUCAGCCACCCUCUCCCUGGUGAUGUCCCAGUGCUGCCGGAAGAUCAAAGACACUGUACAGAAACUGGCCUCGGACCACAAGGACAUUCAUAGCAGUGUAUCCCGAGUGGGCAAAGCCAUCGACAGGAACUUUGACUCUGAGAUCUGUGGUGUCGUCUCUGACGCGGUGUGGGACUCGCGGGAGCAGCAGCAGCAGAUCCUGCAGAUGGCCAUCGUGGAGCACCUGUACCAGCAGGGCAUGCUCAGUGUUGCCGAGGAGCUGUGCCAGGAAUCAACACUGAAUGUGGACUUGGAUUUCAAGCAGCCUUUCCUGGAGCUGAAUCGAAUCCUGGAAGCUCUGCAUGAACAAGACCUGGGGCCUGCAUUGGAAUGGGCCGUCUCCCACAGGCAGCGCCUACUGGAGCUCAACAGCUCCCUGGAGUUCAAGCUGCACCGACUGCACUUCAUCCGCCUCCUGGCAGGCGGCCCCGAGAAGCAGCUGGAGGCCCUCAGCUACGCCCGGCACUUCCAGCCCUUUGCUCGGCUGCACCAGAGGGAAAUCCAGGUGAUGAUGGGCAGUCUCGUGUACCUGCGGCUGGGCUUGGAGAAGUCGCCCUACUGCCACCUCCUGGACAACAGCCACUGGGCCGAGAUCUGUGAGACCUUUACCCGGGACGCGUGCUCCCUGCUGGGGCUUUCUGUGGAGUCCCCACUCAGCGUCAGUUUUGCCUCUGGCUGUGUGGCGCUGCCAGUGCUGAUGAACAUCAAGGCUGUGAUUGAGCAGAGACAGUGCACCGGGGUCUGGAGUCACAAGGAUGAGUUGCCGAUCGAGAUUGAAUUGGGCAUGAAGUGCUGGUACCACUCCGUGUUUGCCUGCCCCAUCCUCCGCCAGCAGACUUCGGAUUCCAACCCGCCCAUCAAGCUCAUCUGUGGCCACGUCAUCUCCCGAGAUGCCCUCAACAAGCUCAUUAAUGGAGGAAAGCUGAAGUGUCCUUACUGUCCCAUGGAACAAAACCCAGCAGACGGGAAACGCAUCAUAUUCUGACUCCUGCCUGGAAGAACUUUGCUGGA